AGGAUAUUGACGAUGUUGUCGUCAUCUAUGAGCACUAUAGGUACUUGAUGAUUAGAGAAGAUUGUAGAGAUAAGGGCAUCUUUAUGGGGAAAAGCUACCCUUUCGGUUUCCUCAAUAGUGAAGAUGAUGCGUUGGUGCCAAUGCCUCAAAAUCGUAUGGAAUGCAGCCGUUUCUAUAAUUUACCAGUGGUUUUUCUAACCACCGAAGGUGGUUUUCAUGACCGCCUCAACGAUUCCGCCCCUACAAU